AUGGAAGACGUCAAGAAAGCCACCGACUAUGACUCUCCCUUCCAACACGGGUUCCAAGUACCCACGUCCCACCAGGAUCCUCCCGGGAAACAGGGUGACCUACCUUUCGAACCUAUCAAUGAUAAGCUCCCUACAGAAGAUGGUGGAUGGCAGACGUACAAGGCGGCUGGAAAGCUGCACAACAAAAAGGCCCUCAUUACGGGCGGUGACAGCGGCAUUGGACGAUCCAUAGCCAUUCUCUAUGCCAUGGAGGGCGCCGAUAGCUUGAUUGCAUACUUACCCGAAGAGGAAGAGGAUGCCCAAGAGACGAAACGGUUGGUGGAAAAGCAUGGCAGAAGUUGCUACCUAUUGAGCACCGAUCUGCGGAAGCCCGACAACUGUCAGAAGGUCGUUGACACAGCUCUACAGAAGCUGGGCCGUAUCAACAUCCUGGUGAAUAAUGCUGGCUACCAGAUGAUGCAACAGGACAUCGUCGACAUCAGCAUCGAACAGUGGCAGAAGACGUUUGAGACUAACAUCUACUCGUUCUUCUACCUGUCGAAAUUUGUGGUCCCGCAUAUGAAGAGAGGCGACACCAUCAUCAAUUGCGCUUCUAUCAAUGCAUACAUCGGCCGCCCCGACCUUCUAGACUAUACCUCAACUAAAGGAGGCAAGUCACCAUCCCAGCGCGUGUUUGACUUCAACAAGGGAACUGACUUGAACAACAGCCAUUGUCUCUUUCACUCGAGGCCUAGCCAACCAGCAGAUGGAUAA